GCCCUCCGCGGUCCGCCUUGCGCUGUAUGCCAGCGCGGGGCCUGCGGCACGCGGCGCCCGUCCUCAGCCCGAACCUCACACCGACCCGGAGCCAGAGACGGCGGUCGAGCGCAAAAAUUGACAAUUUCAGCGUGUUUUAACGGGCCCGCUACACUGGAAACAAUGAUGUCUCUUGUGGAUUUGGGGAAGAAACUUUUGGAAGCUGCCAGAGCUGGCCAGGAUGAUGAAGUGCGAAUCUUGAUGUCCAAUGGUGCCCCUUUCACAACAGAUUGGCUUGGAACAUCACCCCUUCAUCUAGCAGCUCAAUAUGGUCAUUAUUCAACAGCAGAAGUGCUGCUUCGCGCAGGAGUGAGUCGGGAUGCAAGAACCAAAGUGGACAGAACACCACUGCAUAUGGCAGCAUCAGCAGGUCAUGCAAACAUUGUGGAGGUACUAGUGAAGAAUGGAGCUGACAUAAACGCAAAGGAUAUGCUUAAGAUGACAGCACUUCACUGGGCUGUGGAGCACGGUCACCAAGACGUGGUUGAACUCUUGAUAAAAUAUGGAGCUGAUGUUCACACACCAAGUAAAUUCUGCAAAACAGCUUUUGAUAUUGCAGUGGAUAAUGGCGAUGAAGAAUUAAUGUUAAUGCUUCAGAGGGCAAUGGAGAACCAGAUCAACACAAACACAGAUUGCUCUGAUACAAUCACAGUUCACAGCGCUGCACCACAAUUCAUUAUUGGUCCGGGAGGAGUGGUCAAUUUAACUGGCUUGGUUACUACAUCAAAGGCAUCAGACUCGGGCCAGUUUGGGAAUUCCUCUACAUCGGUGUUGGCUACACUAGCUGCCUUGGCAGAAGCAUCAGCACCAUUGACACAUACAUCUGAAGCACCAGCAAUUGCUACAGAGGAAGUAGUAACAGCAGAUUCUGUGGAUAGUGCCAUACAACAAGUUGUCAGCAGUGGAGGUCAGCAAGUGAUUACCAUAGUUACUGAUGAUAUUCAGUUGAGCAGCUUGCAGGCAGCCAGUGACAGCAUGAAUCAACCAAUCAUUGUGACAAUGCAGGAUGGACGGCAAGUUUUGACUGUUCCAGCCACUGACAUUGCUGAGGAGACUGUGAUCACUGAAGAACCAUUGAUGAAGAGGCGUUGUGUGGAGAUAAUUGAAAAUCACAUUGAUAACACAGAGAUCGAGGAAUGCAACAUUUACAGUCCUCUGAUGGAUGUCGGCAACUGUACGGUGAUGGUCCUUGGCAGAAGCAACAGAAAGAUACACGAGAGUUCUGUGCCGGAAACUUGCACCCUGGAAACUGUGGAAUUUUCUGAGGAGAAGGAAGUGUUGCAGAAACAGCUGGAAGAAGCUAAUCGCGAGGCCCAGAAGUAUAGGCAGCAGCUCUUUGAGAAGGAGCAGGAGGCAGAGGCCUAUCGGCAGAAGCUGGAAGCCUUUGGGCACCUGCCCUCAAAUAAGCAGGUGCUCUAAAUUGUCAGGUGGACAUUAAGAGGCAAACACUUCACUCAAACACUCAGCGGUUCCAGAUCCUACAAGAAGGACAGCCUUCUCGAUCACUGUGACACAAAACGGCACGGCAACAUCCAGGCAUAAAGGGUGCUGAAUACAGAGCACGGCUCGGUAAAUUGUGCUUUUUGGUCAAUUUGAAAUCUUAAGUGAUUGAACUGCAUUCGAAGGAUGUACAGACGUACAGGUUGGAGGAAGAGAAGAAAUAAGGCAGUGAGCAAUCUGCUGCAUCCAUAAAAUUCCACAAGGACUGAAUCUGUCCGAAGAGCACAGUCCCUCGGACCUUACUCAUUCACACCCCUCCUCUCUGAGGUCCUAGGUAGUUCUUUUAUUACAUUGAAAUGCUCUGGCUCUUGUGAGCUUAUCAUUGCAUAUUGUUUUUAUCUAUUGAUUACUCGAUUGCCUCCGUGAUAUGUUGCGAGUAUGAAAUAUUGUGUGGACAAAAGUAGAACGAAGUUGUGCAGGUGAUUAGUAAAACGUGGUGGAGCCUUCUUUGCACACUGUGUAGGCAGGGAAUUGCCUACUCCUGUGAGGGUAAUUGAGGCUUUUAAUAUUUAAAUGUAACUGUGCAAAAUGAGCUAUUGGGUUGCUAUGGACUGUUUGCCUUCCCAAAAUCAUUUAAAAUGUUGAGUUACAGAAGUUUAAUAAUGUCUCAAUGGUAUUUUUAGAAAUCUUUGAAGUACUUGCAACAGCAGGAACUAAGUUAAGACCUAGUUUCAAAAAGCACAUUUGAAGUUAAAUAAAAUAAUCAAGCUUCAAUGUCAUUAACCAAAAUCAAAUAGUAAAAAGUAGAGUCUUGUUGUUUGUAAUACUUGUGCCUGAGUUUCCUCUUGGGUUCAACUCGUACUUGCCGAAAAAGGCUACGCAUCUGCGGACCGAAACUGCUUUAGAAAUCCAUUGAGCCACACCGUACUGGACAUGUUCCUGGAAUGAAUUAUUCACUUACUGUUAAAACCAGUUACGUUUGGAGAUGGGGCAUCAUUCAGGUAAUGGCAGUAGGUGAUGAUUUACACCUACUGUUGCUCAUCCUGACACAAAAAACAUUCAAUCCUUACCCCUCAAUUAUCUCUUAACAACAAGACUUUAGUUUGACACAUUGAGCUGAGCUUAAAAAUGACAUUCAGAAUUUUGAACUCUAUUAAUUUAUACCAUGCAAGUGCGACAGAGCUCGCCCUUCAAUAUUAAAUGUCAUUAUGAAAGGUAACGUUUGCAAAGGUCCAUUGCUGGGCAGAGAGUUUGGCUGAGCUGACACAGGGUUAUAUUAUUUAAAGUGUUACUAUUAUGGCAAUGUUGCAAACACCAGCAGCUGGAAGUGUGAGAGAAUGGUGCUGGUGGCCGGAUCGCAGAGAACAGCUGCUGGUGUCUGCUGGAUGUUGUUUUUAAUGUAUUAUGUUGUAGCUCGUUUAUAUUCCUUAUUCAGCCAGUCUUGUCCCUUUCAUCGUUCCUGGAGAGCUGUUAUUUGUCCUGCCAUCUGAUCCAUGCUGAGUGUCCUUUAACUGCCUGGCUGAUGAUUUUAUGUACUAUUUAGUUCUGACUUUUCCAAAGAGGGGCUGCUGCAGUGACCACCCUUAGACUGAGAGAGCUGGCAUCCCGUUAAACAGCAGCACUCAAUUGAGUGUGAAAGAGAAGACUGUUUGUUCCAGCUAGUCAGCUCCUGACUUAAUGUAAAUUGACAUACAGUUUAUUAUAAGCUGCAGUGAAUUCAGAGCAUUUCCUCAUAGAUUUUUUUUCCCAUUCAGCCUAUCCUUGUAAUUGUAUAAACUAAGAUGAUUACAAAUCUUCCACUGUAUAAUUUUGUAUCAAAUAAAAACUUUCUUAAGUAA